AUGGGUGACGCUCUCGACCACCUCGCCAACCGCACCAAGCUGGAAUGGCAGUGCAACCUCAACAUCGACUACCAGCCCAAGAAGAACCACCGCCGGACCAGCAUCAUUUGCACGAUCGGCCCAAAGACCAAUUCUCCUGAGAAGAUUACCAUGCUAAGGAAGGCCGGUUGCAAUGUCGUCCGCAUGAACUUCUCUCAUGGCUCCUAUGAUUACCACCAAUCUGUCAUUGACAACGCAAGACAGUCAGCAAAAGACUACGAAGGUCGCCCAGUCGCGAUUGCCCUUGACACCAAAGGACCAGAAAUCCGAACGGGCAACACCCCUGGGGACGCAGAUAUUCCCAUCAAGGCUGGGCUGGAGUUGAACAUCACCACCGAUGACAAGUACCAGACUGCCAGUGAUGACAAAAAUCUCUACGUAGACUACAAGAACAUCACCAAAGUCAUUGACGUGGGCAAGCUGAUCUAUGUUGAUGACGGCAUUCAAUCCUUCGAAGUCCUCAAGAUCAUCGAUGACAAGACCCUUCGGGUCAAAGCCCUCAAUAACGGUCAGAUCUCUUCCAGGAAGGGCGUCAAUCUGCCAGGAACCGACGUCGACUUACCAGCUCUGUCCAAGAAAGAUGUCGCCGACUUGGAGUUUGGUGUCAAGAACAAGGUCGACAUGGUCUUUGCCUCGUUCAUUCGACGAGGAGAAGACAUCAAGCAUAUCCGCAAAGUCCUUGGCGAAAAGGGCAGGGAGAUUCAGAUCAUUGCCAAGAUCGAGAAUCAACAGGGAAUGAACAAUUUCGACGAGAUCUUAAAGGAGACUGACGGCGUCAUGGUUGCGCGUGGUGAUUUGGGUAUCGAAAUUCCCGCUGCAAAGGUGUUUAUUGCCCAAAAGAUGAUGAUUGCCAAGUGCAACGCUGCCGGCAAACCCGUCAUUUGCGCCACCCAGAUGCUGGAGUCCAUGACCAACAAUCCUCGACCUACUCGAGCUGAAGUCUCGGACGUUGCCAAUGCCGUCCUCGACGGUGCAGACUGUGUGAUGCUGUCUGGCGAGACUGCCAAAGGCAACUACCCCAAGGAGGCUGUCAACAUGAUGCACGAAACCUGCUUGUUGGCAGAAGUUGCGAUUCCAUAUGCCAAUGUCUUCGACGAGCUGAGAACCACCGCUCCUCGUCCUAUUGAUACGGUGGAGUCGAUUGCCAUCUCUGCUGUUGGCGCAAGCAUGGAGUUGAAUGCCGGGGCCAUUCUGGUUCUGACCACUAGUGGACAAUCGGCCCGACUUGUUUCGAAGUACCGUCCAGUCUGUCCGAUCAUCAUGGUGACACGAAAUGCGACUGCUUCACGCAACGCUCACCUCUCUCGUGGAGUCUAUCCCUUCCACUUCCCCGAACCUAAGCCCGACUUCAGCGGUGUCGACUGGCAAAAGGACGUGGACAAGCGUCUGAAAUGGGGCAUCGCUCAAGGGAUCAAGUUGGGUGUCCUGGGCCGAGGUGACAGUGUUGUUUGCGUCCAAGGAUGGAGAGGUGGCCAGGGCCAUACCAACACGAUUCGUGUUGUGCCCGCCGAGGAAGACUUGGGUCUUAAGGAUUGA